AUGGCCGAGAGCUUCCGCGCCGAGGCCUCGUGCCCGCUGUGCCGGGGGCUCUUCCAGGACCCCGUGUCCGUGCCCUGCGGCCACAGCUUCUGCCGCGGCUGCAUCGCGCGGCGCUGGGAGAUCAUCGACCUGACGUGCGAGGAGGCGAGCCGGGAGCCGGCGGCGCGCGGCAGCCUGCGGCCCAACCCGGAGCUGGCCAAGGUCAUCGAGGUGGCCGCGCGGCUCAGCCUGCGCGGCCGCGGGGGCCAUGGUGGCCACCGGUUCUGCGGGACGCACCGGCAAGCCCUGAAGCUCUUCUGCGAGCGGGAGCGCGUGCUCAUCUGCCUGGCGUGCCGGGAGGCCCCGGAGCACCGGGAUCACGCCGUGGUGCCCACCGAGGAGGCCACCGAGGAGUACAAGGAGAAGCUCCAGGCCCACGUGCAGGUCCUGAAGGACAGGAGAGCAAAACUGCUGCGACUGAGAGCGUCCGAGGAAGGGAAGAGCCUGGACCUCCUCGAGCGGGUGGCCGCGGAGAGGCAGAAGGUCGCGUCCGGCAUCGAGGGGCUGCGUCGGCUUGUGGAGGAGCAGGAGCGCGUCCUGCUGGGGCGGCUGGCCGAGCUGGACGGCGAGGUCGCCAGGAGGCGGGAGGAGAGCAUGGGGCGGCUCUCGCAGGAGAUCGCGUCCAUCGGGGAGGACAUUGCGGAGCUGGAAGGGAAGUGCCGGCAGUCGGCAUGGGAAUUCCUGCAGGACAUCGGGAGCAUCUUGGGCAGGCUUGAGGAGGAGGAGGAGGUCCCGAAGCCCGACGAGGUCUCACUGGUGCUGGGCGAGAGACCCAUGGGUUUCCCUGAGAAAAACGCCGCUCUCUGGGAGAUGUUGCUGAGGUUUCAAGCCAGCCUCACGCUGGACCCGGACACGGCGCACCCCAGCCUGGCGCUCUCGGCGGACGGCAAGAGCGUGCGGUGCGAGGCGGCGCGCCGCGCGCUCCCCGCGCACCCCAAGCGCUUCGACGCCUCCCGCUGCGUCCUGGCCCGCCAGGCCUUCUCGGGCGGCCGCCACUACUGGGAGGUGGCCGUGGGCGCCGGCGACGCGUGGGCCAUCGGCGUGGCCAGGGAGUCGGUGCCGCGGAAGGGGCGCCUCCGCGUGCACCCGGCCAACGGCGUCUGGGCGGUGGGGCGCUGCGGGGACGGAGUGGGAUUUGAACCCACGCCUCCAUUCGGAGACCAGAAAUCCCAGGAGAGGGAAGAGCAGAUCCUUGAGUCUGGCGCCUUAGACCACUCGGCCAUCCUGACCACGGGGCCAAAAUACCCAGAAAAGGGAAAAUAUCCCCCAAAAUGA